AGAGAGAGAGAGAGAGCGAGCUUUGACUGGAGUUCUUGUCGAGGGGUAAAUGGAGGCUCCGCUGAGGCAGAGGGCAGUGGGGGGAGAGUCCUUUGAGCUGAGGGAGCUAAACGAGAGACUGGAGUGUUACCUCCAGAGGGUAGGUGCUCUCGAACAGGAGAACACACGCCUGCAGAGUGAGCUGGACUCCCUGAGGAGACUGCCUCCUGCUGGGGGAGCAGGGGGGAUGGAGGGGGAGCUGCAGUGCGCGAGGGUCUCACUGGCCAAGAUCUGGGGGCAACUGGACGGUCUCACCCUGGAGCGCGACUCCCUCCUGGACGAGGUGGGUCAGCUCCAAGAGGGCUGUGCCAGGCAGGGGCGGCGGAGGGACCAGCUGGUGAGGGAGCUCGCCAGGAGACGGAGGGAGCUGGAGGAGGAGGAGAGGGGGAGGCUGGGCCUGGUCAACAGGCUGCAGGCGUUGGAGAGAGAGAGGAAGGUGCUGCAGGGGACCCACCAGGAGGAGCUGGGCAGGCUGCGGGAGGAGAGGGCGAGGUGGGCACCGUCUCUGGGCACAGCGCCAACCCCCCAGGCCUUGGGGAGCGGGGACUGGGAGCUGUACCGCGAGCAGUUCCGGGCGCUCUGCGAGCAUUCCCGGGAAGCCUACAGGCAGGAGGUGGCGAGGUUAGAGAGGGCCCUGGCGCAGGGUAGCGAGAGGGAACGCAGCGCCAGGGAGCGGAGGAAGCAGGCGCGGGUGGAACUGCUCGCCCUGGAGCAAGAGCUGGCCUCGCGGAAGCAGCAACGCACCGACCUGCUCGCACAGGUCGGCCACUGCCAAGAAAAACACACCAGCGGGCUCCAAGAACUCCAGGAGAGAAUCGACCAAUUGGAAAAGGACAAGGCCUCGCUCAUGGCUAAAAUGCAGCCCAUCCUGGCCGAGCAGCAGUCGCUGAUGCAGGCAAAGCUGGACCUGAGUUUGGAGGUCAUUAUGUACAG